UGCGCAGAAGCGAACUAGCGAAGGCGGCCAAUGAGGUAAGAGAGUUUUGUUUCCACAGUGCGUCUCCGUUCCAGCCGUCAACCACUAAACCAAGCCAAGACUACAAUUCCCAGGGUGCACCGCGCCGACGGGGGGCGGAGCCGGAGUUCUAAAGCCUAGAAGAAAGUCAAUGCAAAGCUAAACGGUCGCUCUGGAGCCUUCGAGUGGUAACGGGGUCCGAGUACAGAACUACAUUUCCCAGCGGGCCUCGGGCUCAGGGGUCUCUUUCUCUCGGCCGGGACUCCGGAGUCGCCCCUGCCCCCGGCGCUGCUUUUCAAAAUGUCCAACAAAGACUCUUGUGGAAAAACAGAGACAUCUCAGAGGAAAGACAUCACCUCAUUAUCCAACUUUGAUGAAGAAGAUAAGAAAGAUAAAAGGACCUCGGCAAGUUCUAUGAGUUCAUCUUCCUCUAGAAGAUAUGGUUCAUCAGAGAAGAGAAAACUGAAAUCAGAUCAUAUAGACAUUCCGAACUGUAAUAUAAAAAGAAGACAAGAUCUGAAAAGGCCAAAUGUAGACCCUGACAUUCCAAGGAAGAGACCAAAACUCACUUCGUCAUCCCAAGGACCUGUUACACUCCAAGAAGCAUCAUAUUCUAAUGAUAAUCAAAUGAUUUCACAAAGUCAUUCUUCAGAUGGAACUAAAAGACAUAAGAGUAAAUGUGUAGAUUUGAAAGUGAAAGAUAUUAAACCGACAAAUGUUAGGAGCAACCUUGACCAUGGAAGUAAAAACCAUAGCAGUCCUAAAAUUGCCAAAGAUGUGAAACCUGAAGCCGAAGGCCAGGCCGGUGAAAGAGCAUGGCCUCGUGUACUUGCUCAGAGGGAGAAGAUGAAGGAGCCCAGGAAAGAAAGGCACAGUAAAUAUAGAGACAGUUCUGAAAAACGUGCUGUGGAAAAGUGCAAGAGAAUUCAAUUUUCUCAGGAUUAUAAUUCCAACAAGAUAAUUAAAGAACCCUGUGAAUCCAGAAGAAGGAAAGUCAGUUUCAAAAUUCCAGUAAAAUCUCACGAUCCCCAUCAGAAACUUGUAGAAGAAAAUGUUUUCCUUUCAGAUUCCAGCAAGUCAAGGAGUAAGCAGAAGAAAAAAGGGCGCCUGGAAAACUUUCAGGGUCCAUCAAAUUUGAUGAGGCACAAAAGUAAACAUUUAUUUUCAGAUUCUACUUAUAAGCAUAUGGUUCAUGAGUGGAGAGGAAAAUCUCAUCAUGAGCAUCAAGAAAGUAAUGAUUCAACUUCAAGUGAAAACCUGACCCAGGUUUUUGAAGCACGAUGCUCUUCAGUGUCAUAUGAAAUUAUUCAAGAUACAGAUGAAGAGAUGCAGAUAGUGGAAGAGCUUCACGCUGCACGUGUGGGGAAAAGUGUGGACUUGCCCGUGGUUCCCCCUCCUGGAGAGCUGUCCAGUAUGGAGAUAGACUUGGUGGAAGAUGAUGUGCAUUGCUCUGCUGCAAAUACAGCUUCAGACAAACAACUUCUAAUUGUUAUUGAUACAAAUAUUCUGAUGAAUCAUCUCAAAUUUGUUAGAAUUUUGAAGACAACAGAAAUCCCAGGCUUUGACAGACUUGUGUUAAUAAUUCCCUGGGUUGUGGUACAAGAGCUAGAUCGUAUGAAGGCAGGAAAACUACUGAAAUAUGCCCAGCACAAAGCCAUACCUGCGGUCCGUUUUAUCAAUGACAGUCUCAGAGAUCAAGAUAAAAAACUAUGGGGUCAGUCCAUACAACUUGCAUCUCAGAAACUUUAUGGAUUGAGUGAUGAGAACAAUGAUGAUCGAGUAUUAAAAUGCUGUCUUCAGUACCAGGAAUUAUUCCCUAGUUCUCUUGUUAUUCUGUGCACGGAUGAUAGAAAUUUAAGAAACAAAGGCCUAAUAAGUGGUGUGAAGUCACUCAGUAAAGAAGAACUGAGUGCAGAGUUCUUAAGCUUGUCCCCGAGCACAGCUGUGUGUCAUCAGUCUUGUGUGCCUAAGCAACAGUUGAAAGCAGAAGCAACACCUUUGGGAGAAAGUAAUCAGGAAAAAUCUACAAAUUCAGGACUACUCAUUCUACUUGAAGGCAUAGUAUCUGAUCUUGAAAAAUCUCUUGGAACAGCUUUAUCUUCAAUAUUAGAAACAGAAAUGAAAAUCGCUUUUGGAAACCUGUGGAUGGAGAUGCUGUACUUGAAACCACCAUGGACUCUAAUGCAUUUAAUACAGUGCUUUAAAAAACAUUGGUUGGCUGUAUUUGGAUUAAUUAUGGAAAAGAACUUGCUUUUAACUGUUGAAAGCUUAUAUGAAAAUCUCUGUAAAGCUAACAGUGCAGUAGAUUUUACAACAGUGAAAUUCCUGCUCCAGGAUUCCCAAAGCCUGUUACAUGCCUUCAGUACAAGGUCAAAUUAUGAUGGUGUUCUUCCGCAGGCCUUUGCUCAAGUAAACACACUACUUCAAACGUUUGCAGAGGCCAAGGCAAAACUUAAUCAGAAUGCUUCAGAAAAGACAGCAGGUAAAAAGCAAGAAGCUGAUUCUCCAUUGAAGUCUAACAACCAAGAAAUCACCAUUUUCUCAGGUUCUCAUCCACCCCAACCCAACAAGCAUCAAGAAAUCUGGUCUGUUUUAGAGAGCGUUUGGAUUACAAUAUAUGAGAACAGCACAGAUGUGUUUCAGAGAUUGGGCUCAAAUUCAGCUCAGACCUCCUCAAAAAUAGCGUCAUUUGAAGAAGCGUUUAUCUACCUUCAAAAGUUAAUGGCAGCUGUGAAGAAUAUUCUUGAAGGAAUUCAGAGGAUUUUGGUCCCCAACAGUAGUUAUCAAGAUGUUGAGACUCUCUAUAAUGUCUUAAUCAAGUAUGAGGUAAAUGAAAGUGUCAAAUUUACUGCCCAGGAGCUUUAUGAUUGUGUUUCACAGACUGAGUAUCGACCCUUUGAAAGAGGCCGACAGUCCUCGGACCGUGUUUUGAAGAACAGCUGGUGUACAGAACACUCACAUGCCUCCCUUUCCACUGACAAAAGAGACCUGCACCCAUUUCUGUUUGUGUUCUCUCUUCCAUCCUCUCAAGUGACUUUGUGUUUAUAAUUCUCAACCUGAUCUUGAUGGUUUUGCUGCAUAUUAUUACUUAAAAAUAUGUGAAUUAAAUUGCAUCUGUUUUUUAACUUAGUGGAAUCACUCUGUAUAUAUUUUUUAAACAAAUAAUUUGGUUCAUAUUGGUUCAUAUGUAAUAAAAAAGUAGUCUAUAUCUGAUUUUUGUAUGCAGAGAGAGGGUAUAGGCCUAACACUGGGCCCAGACGAACCCUGAGGAGCAAAAAGUCCAUUUACUCAACCUGUUCAGUGUUGCCCUCCAGUCUCACACCCCCUGCCCCUCCACCCCACGCUGUCUUGUACGUCAGCAGUGAGAUUCACCUUGUAGGGACGUGGAGCCGGGGGUGGUUUACAGUCCCGUCAUCACGUGAUGUGUGUGUUCCUGUUGUCACCCCUGCGCUGUGCAGAAUCACGCAGCGAAGAUCACAGGGCUCACGAGAACAAAUGGGCUGGGGCGUGUCACUCAAAAACCUAAUCAGGAGUGCAUUAAAAAGUCAAAAUGAUAUCACAGAUUUGCACAUAUUCAAUAGUUAGGAAAUACAUAAAUGCUAUAAUAAAAUGGACACUUGACCUUGAAAAAGAGCUGGGAUUGCUCGUGGAAGUGGUCGUUGGAAGAGCUGCAGCCUGUCGGUUCAUGUGAUGUGCUGGGGGAGGGACAUCUGGAAUUGGAUGUGAAGCUGCAGCACCAGGUGUGAGUGGACGUGGCCUACAGCCGCAGGAAGCUGAGGGAGCCGGUGCGUUUCUGAGGUGUGUGCGUGAGUGUGUGUUGUAUGUCCCCAAGCAGCUUGGCUCAGCUGGGUGCAGUUUUCUCUGCUCGCCUAGCAUCUCUCACUGCCGAAAUUACAUGUGAAAAAAUGUGAAACUUGUGUUAUGUGCUCAAAUUGUUCUUGAAUAUAUCAGUGCAGUUGGAACAAAUCUGUGUGUGUGGAACAGGCACUGUAGCAGAACUGUUUUUCCACUGCUGGGUAAUAUGCCAGUAUGUCACUCAGUCACUGUUUAUUUGCUGUUGAUACUGUGCAAAUACACCUUUGUUGCAACGGAAUUCUGUGUACAGGUUCAGGGACGGAGUUGACGAUCAAAGAGCUUCUGUUAAAACUCUCAGUUGAUGAAUUUAUUUGAAGAUCAAGACACUAGGAUUGAUAAUCAUACACAAAUGUUACUAAGCAGUACAGCUGUGAAGGUGUGCUCAUUAGAAUCAAAAAAAUUUUCCAAGAAAACCUGAAGCCAGUGGGCCUGCAUGAUGUUGUUCCGGGUGGCAAGAAUGAUUUUUUACUGUCAUCUGCAGACUAUCAAUUAAUCAAUUGUACUCUUAUUUAUAGAUCUUUAUAGACAGCUUAUACUUGAAGGUUGUGUACAUGAGAUCUGUGUAAAAAAUAGUGUCUCAGCCUCAGCCGUGCGUUCAGAAGCGUGGAAAGCCCACUCUAGAUAACCUGGAGGGCUGAGUCCCUUGCAGGAUGGCUCACAUGUCUAAAUUACUUCAAGUUCAACCUACUGUUGGAAUAAUUGGGAGGGGUUUUGGAGGGGGUGGGGUGGGAGGUGGAGAGGGAGUAGGGGUCAAAGUUGAAUUUUUAGAGUUAAAGCAGUUGUACCUGUUUUUGUCUCCUUUGUUUUCUUUCCACCUACAAUCCCAGGGGUUUGAACUAUGGUAUUAACAAGCCCACUCUUAUACCCAGAAGGGUGAUUUUGAAACCAAAUAUAUAAUAUCUUGAAUGAGUUGAAAAAUGGCAAUUGCUGUUCAGCAGGCUUUUGAUUCAUAGCUUUUAGAUGUGUUAACCUGCUGUUCAUUUUGGAACUGUUCGCCCCGUUCACAGUGAACGGUGUCUCCUGUGUCGGCCUCCCGUAUCGUGCCCAGCUCAGUUUCCAGACCAGCUGCCAAAAGACCUUCUUUUGGUGUCAGUGGUUCCUGUCAGACGCAGGGUUAAACGCAGUACGUAGAGGGUGUUAGCGUUUUCCUGUGGUCCGGAGGUGCAAACAGAGGAGUGGUUGAACUUUCACAUAGCUGGCCGCAUUUGGCAAUGUUAAGAAAAGCAAUUACUUAAAGUGUCUGAAUUUCCUGUUCCUUGGUUUUUGUUACACAGUGUUAGUUGUGAGGAAGGACAUAGUUCAUGUGCCCGGCACCAUAUUUAUUGCAGUAGGGAUGUAAUUAAAUAGCUGAAGAACAUAAAACUUCUUUAUAGGCCUGAUAAAGCAGGAAAUUAAGGUUUUACAUUGAAAGUGGCUUUGAUCAAGAGUUGAAUUCCAUGGCACUGGGGAACCUUGGUCUUCACACUAUGAACUGGUUAGUGUCCUGCCUUCCAUAGUUUGUAGACUCUCUGAUGUGGCAUUUGGUCUCGCUGCUGGGGUCUGUCUGCACUGUGCACCCUGAGCAGAGGAGGGGUUGCCUCAGAGAACCCAGAUGGUAAAUUAAUGAGAUUGUUAGACAGAUACCAGACACAUAUAUCUUGUGUGAUAUCUUUUAUGUGUAUGAGAAAUAAGCUAGAAGUGUUUAAUUCACUUUGCCCUGUAAGUUCUUGACAGAGUGUUCUGGCAUGUUUGCACGGUGAGUCCCUAAGGUCAUUUCUUCUACAUGAAAUGCAAACUAGUUGUAACAGCAGCCUUGUGAAGUACCUGGCAUAUCCAGCUAAUAUGCUACCUAAGAAGGUACGUGUACCAGAAGCUUUCCUUCCCUGUGGCAAGUGCUUUCAGGAGUGAGUGCUUCCUAACCCCCAGAACCAGCUCCCCGGUAACGGCUUUGAGGGUGUCUUUGAACUGUGGUUCCUGGACCCCAGGGUCAACAUCGGUCACCUGGGGACUUGGAAGAAAUGCAGACCUUAGGGCUCUGCCCUAGACCUCCUGAGUCAUCGGGUCUGGGGGUGGAGCCCAGCAAUCUAUUUUCCAGUCCCUCCAGGCCAUGCCGAAGUUUGAGAACCCCUGUGUCCUAGAAUCCUCGACUGAAAAAAAGCCUGAGAAGAAGAAUCUAGAACUCAGAUUUAAGACCUUUGAUGUUUCUGCUUUAAGUAGAAAAGAAUUACAUUAUUUUUGUCUCUAGGUGCAGUAAUACUUUGCAGUGAAUUUGACUUCAUUAUU